CACAGCUUCCCUGUCUUUCCUUAAAUCUGGAGGGAUUAAGUCCUCCACGGCACUUCCUCCCUAUAACUCAAGUUUUCUCACCUAGAGAAGCUCUAUCUGAGCUCAUUCGGCGCUAUGGCCAAGAGUCAGGCUCCCCAGACGAAUAUGGAUGUAGACUAUGUAGUUGUCUACAAGUUUGAGAAGAGAGAUAGGACGAAGGCAAUUGCGCAGUUCGAAAAACUCGUCGAGGCGCUCUCCAAAGUGGGGUUGCAGACGGAGGUCCGCAAUGGAGGCUCGCAGUCUGUCUUGCUCUUCGUAAAAGUCGCGUCAGACGAGCACCUGUACGGUGAAGUGUACAGGUCGCGAGUCCGCGACUGGAUCCACGGCGUGCGAGCUGCCGCCCCGCCCAAAGAGACCCGCGAAGCCAUCGACUCCGAGCCUCUCUACGAAGCCGAGCGCCUGCGCAUCAUAUAUCAGCUCAUCACAAAUCCGGUAGCCGAAGGCGGUGCUGGUAUCACGCCGAAAGAAGGCGAGUGGGAGGAUGUGCAGUCCAUAUUCGCGUUGCACGACCGCGCGUACAAUGACGAUUGGAUCAAGAAAUGGAGCACAUCCUACUUCCUUAAGACGGAAGACUUGGACGAGAUUCGCAACCGCUUCGGAGAGAAGAUUGCCUUCUACUUCGCCUUUACACAAUCGUACUUCAGCUUCCUACUCUUCCCCGCGGCUUUCGGUACUGCGGCAUGGCUCUUCCUCGGACACUUCUCCGCCGUAUAUGGAAUUGUGAGCUGUCUCUGGUGCAUCAUCUUCACCGAGUACUGGAAACAUCAAGAGGUCGAUCUCGGCGUGCGCUGGGGUGUCCGUGGCGUAUCUCGCAUCGAGCACAAAAGGAAGGACUUCCAGCACGAGCACAUCGCCACCGAUCCUGUUACUGGCGAGCAGGUCGGUAUCUUCUCAGUCAAGAAGCGUCUGCAAAGGCAAUUGCUCCAGGUUCCGUUUGCAUUGGCGGCUGCCUCGUUGCUGGGCACACUGAUCGCGACCUGCUUCGGGAUUGAGGUGUUCAUCUCUGAAGUCUACAAUGGACCACUGAAGUGGCUUUUGGUCUUCAUUCCCACCGGCAUCCUGACAACGACCAUGCCCAUCUUGUCAGGUAUCCUGACCAAGAUGGCGACUCAGCUCACUGAAUUCGAAAACUACGAGACGCAUGCUGCAUACGAACACGCUCUGACGCAGAAGAUCUUCGUCCUCAACUUCAUUACGUCUUACCUGCCCAUCUUUCUUACGGCGUUCGUCUACGUUCCUUUCGGUAACAUCAUAGUACCCUACCUCGACAUCUUCAGCGUUGCUGUCAGGCCUUUUGCGGAACACGAAAAGCAACUUCAAGGUCCUGGCGCCGACUGGGCCAUCAACCCGGAUCGCCUCCGCAAGCAGGUCAUAUACUUCACAGUAACCGCGCAGAUUGUGAAUCUCGGACUGGAGCUCAUCGUGCCUUACCUCAAACGCGAGGGCGCCUCCAAGUACAAGAAAUUUCAAACCGAGCGCGCUGCGAAGAACGGUGGAGCUGCUCCCGCCCUUUCUGCAAAUGAUCCGCCAGAGGAUGCCGCUUUCCUCGCACGUGUCCGCGAAGAAGUUGAUCUCGAAGUUUACGAUGUGACCACUGACAUUCGCGAGAUGGUCUUGCAAUUCGGAUACCUCUCCCUCUUCUCCGUUGUAUGGCCCCUUACCAGUGUCUCCUUCCUCAUAAACGACUGGGUCGAGCUGCGUGCCGAUGCGAUCAAGAUCUGCCAGAACAUGCAGCGUCCGACACCUUGGCGCGCUGACACCAUCGGCCCGUGGCUCGACUCGCUCUCCUUCCUCACCUGGCUCGGCAGCCUCACCACCGCUGCCCUCGUCUAUCUCUUCUCCAACGACGGUCUCGGCCCCGACGGCUCGCCCGCCAACAUUCGCGCCUGGGCCCUCCUUCUCACCAUCUUCCUGUCCGAACACGUCUUCUUUGUCGUACGCUUCGGAAUCCGCGUCGCCAUCUCCAAACUCGCGUCGCCAGGUCUCCAGAAAGAGCGUCGCGAAAGGUUUCUGGUUCGUAAGAAGUACUUUGAUGAGAACUUGAAGGGUCUUGAGAGGCUGCCGAAGCUGAAGGAUAUUUCGGAGCAGAUCACGAGGGAGAGUCUCGAGGAGGACGCGAGGAGGAGUAGUCUCAAGGAGAGCACCAUGGAAGAGAGGUUCUGGACACGCCAGAGGGGGUGGAAGGAGACGGUCAGUGUGGGUAAGGAUUUGAUUCAGCGGGCUGAAGUUGAGCAGAGCCCGGAGAGAAAGAAGGAGCUUUGAAGGGUUGAGCCUGUAUCGACAUGUAGCAAGGGCGUUGGAGUGGGAGUGGGAUUGUGACGGCGACUGGAGGGUGUAUACGCCAGGUAGCCUGAAGAAAAGCUGGGACGAUGUCGAUAAAGAAUGUCUGCUUAUUACUAGCGUGGAGUUCCGGCGUGGUCCGCAUGUAAUGUACGUAAACGAAGAUGGAUUUUAUGAUGAGGAUCUAAUCAUCCAUGUAAACUUGAG